AUGCCAGAAGAGAUUCAAGCGACAAAAGCACAUUGCGCUUACUGCUUUUCUGCUUUGCAUAAGGCGUGUGGGAAAGCGCCUGUAUACACUCCAGAUGUACCAGGGACUGGGAAGGAGGCACCAGUCUUUGUAUCAUGGUACAUACGGCCUCAGCCAGAGAAAGACCAUCAGCUGCGUGGCUGUAUUGGAACCUUUUCCCCACAGGUACUUCCAGACGGAUUGAAAGAGUAUGCUAUCCGUGCUGGUAUGCAUGAUCCACGAUUCCACCCGAUUCAAGCGGCCGAACUACCUCAAUUGGAAUGCUCUGUCAGCUAUUUAACACCCAUGGAACCUUGCCGGCAUUGGGAAGAUUGGGACAUAGGUGUCCAUGGGAUCUAUAUUCACCUAAAGAACCCGGUGCAGGAUCAUACUCACGGACAUACUAUGCCCAAAGUACUUACAGCGACGUUCUUGCCAGAAGUCGCGCCCGCUCAGGGCUGGUCAAAGAAAGAAACGAUUGACCAUGCCAUUCAAAAAGCUGGCUGGCGUGGCUCUAUCGACGAUACUAUGCGAACCAGCUUAGAAGUGUCCCGGUACCGAAGUCAUCAAGCUACUUUGACCUAUCAAGAAUAUAUAGCACAGGCAGGCCUGUAG